AUGACUGAAUUGAUGGAGAUGGAGCAGAAUACCAAGCAGGGGAAAGACACAGAAAUCGCCGUCAAUCCAACAACGCACAUUGUGGAAUUUACCGAGGACGAUGUAGCGAACCCGCGGAACUGGCGCCCACCGUACAAAUGGUCGAUCGUGGUUCUCGUGGCCAGCUUUUCUGCGGUGGUGCAAUUAUCGACCAUCAUCGCCGCGCCCGUCUCUCCUGCCAUCCUGGUCGGCUUCCACUCCAACAACGUCCUCUACCGCACUCUCAUCGUGUCCAUCUGGGAACUGGGCGAAAUCGUGGCCCCUCUCAUCUGGGGGCCUCUUUCCGAGCUCUACGGACGACGGUGGGUGCUCAACAUCGCCAAUGUUCUCUUCAUCGCCUUCCAUGCCGGCACCGCUCUCAGCACCAACAUCCACAUGCUCAUCGCCUUUCGGUUUCUCAGCGGCGCCGCCACGGCCUCCUUACCAAUUGGCCCGGGGGUCGUGAGGGAUCUGUUCGAAAAAGAGCGCCGCGGUCGCGCCAUGUCCAUUAUGUCUCUGACGACCACGUUAGGGGUCGUGGCGGGUCCCAUCGUGGGAUCUUAUCUGGGCGAAAGGGAGGGAUGGCGGUGGGCGUUUUGGCUGCCGACCAUCGUGGCCGGGGUCCUCGCGCUGCUGCUGUUAGCAGUCUAUCGUGAAACGUACCAGGUUACCAUCCUGAUGCGAAAGGCGAAACAACGGCGUCGUGAAACGGGCAACUUAGAUCUGCGGUCGAAGUACGAAACAGGAGAGACGGAUGCCAGCGCAGCAUCCAAGCUCUUCGAUGCCUUCAUUCGGCCGUUGCGUCUGCUAAUUCGAUCCCCUAUCCUCAUCCUGAUCACGGUGUACAUCAGCGUCGUCUACGGAUACGUCUACCUCAUGAUGACCACCAUCGCGCCCGUCUUCCAGGAGAUCUACAGCUUUUCGACGGGAGCGUCGGGCCUCUGCUUCCUGGGACUCUGUCUGGGACUUGCCCUGGGCGCUUUCAUCUGCAGUUUCCUGCUCGAUCGGUACAUCCGCAUGGCGAAAGCCAGAGCUAGCGCAGCGGCAGCGGCAGCGGCACAGCAGAUCGGGUCCGACGACCCAUCUCCUAUCACCCCCGAGCACCGUCUCCCGCCCGUCCUCUUCUCCUGCAUCUUCAUGUCCAGCGGCUUCUUUCUCUUCGGCUGGACGGUGCACGUACACGUGCACUUCAUCGUGCCCAUCAUUGGUACCGCCAUCAUCGGCCUCGGUCUCGUCGCCACCACCAUCUCCCUGCAGACCUACAUCGUCGACGUCUUCGGUAUCUACGCUGUCAGCGCUACCAGCGCGAUGCUGGUACCGCGGAACGCCAGCGCCGCGUUCCUGCCACUGGCCGGGCCGCCGCUCUUCCAGAGACUAGGGUAUCAUUGGGGCGGGACGUUGUUGGGGUUAGUAGUGUUGGCGUUCGCGGUCAUGCCGAUGGGGUUUAUGCGAUGGGGAGGAAAAUUGAGAGGCAGAUAUGGCAGUGGCUAUUCGGAGGAUUGA